AUGGUUCGGAGUGCGCUAAUUGCGGCAUCACUGGUUGGCACAGGCUUUGCCGCUGUCUGCCUAGUUCCCGGUGGAACUAGUGAUGACUCUGCAGCCAUCAAAGCUGCCUUGACAUCAUGCAAUAACGGCGGGACAGUGGUGCUCGACAAGACUUACACCAUUGGCUCUCUUUUGCAGACUACAAAUCUCCGCGACGUUGCGAUCGAAUUGACUGGCACUAUCAACCUGUCAGCGGAUAUCAGCUACUGGGCCUCGAAUGGCUUCCAGUUGAACUAUCAAGAAGCGUAUACCGCAUGGACCAUUGGUGGAAGCAACAUCCAUAUCUAUGGCGGAGGAACGUACUCUGGCAACAGUGAUACCUGGUACAACGCUGGAAAGACGGGUCCAAUUCCGUGGGUAAUCUACAACGCCCAGAACGUCCUUGUUGAGAAUAUUAAACAAGUUCAAAGUCCAUUCUGGCACAACUUGGUGUACGGGUCCCGCAAUGUUACCUUCAACAAUAUCAACCUUCAUUCUAUCCAAUCGAAUGGCAAGCAAGCACAAAACACAGAUGGUUGGGACAUCUACCGGAGCGAUAACGUCAACAUUCUGAACAGCAACAUCAUCAACGGAGAUGACUGCGUCAGCUUUAAGCCCAACACCACCAAUGCGCUUGUCGAGAACCUCUACUGCCAAGGUUCCCAUGGUAUCUCCGUUGGCUCUCUCGGCCAAUACGCUGGCGUGCAAGACAUUGUCGCCAAUGUCCUCGUCAAAAACGUAACCAUGGUGAAUGCCGAGAACGGUGCCCGUAUCAAAGCCUUUGGCGGCAGCGCCAGUGCCACGUCAACAAAAGGCGGAGGAAAUGGCUAUGUCAAAAACAUCACCUUUCAAGACUUCACCGUGUCGAACGUCGAUCUGCCCAUUGUGAUCGACCAAUGCUACUAA